AUCGAUGGACCGAUCUCGACUACUGAUAAUCAGCUUAUCCCGACUCGUUCAAGAAUCAGCCAACGUUCACAGUUCUCUUGUUCUUACGCGGUUUUCAGAACAGUCUCUUUGAUUCUCAUCUGUACAGAAUAAACAUGUCGUCUGCUCUAUCUACCCUGGCAACUGGUGCGCCGUACCAUGUCUUUGCAUACUCGAUCCUAUUUGGAUCGACCGUCUAUCAGUCAUUCUUCGUCGGUAUCACGGCCUUCCGCGCCCUGCCGCGUCAACACUUCGCCGCCUUGCAGCGCAAGAUCUUCCCUCCCUACUUUGCUAUGCAGGCCAUUAUUCCCGCUUUUCUCGCCCUGACCGCUCCUUUCCCUAUUCUGGAUGACAAGAAGUCCUUGACUAUUCUGGCGUUCACUGCGGUGACUGCUCUCGUCAAUCUUAUCUCAGUUGGCCCGCAGACCGUGAAGCUUAUGAACGAGCGCAAGGCGCAGGAGACCAAGGAGGGAAAGAAGUACUACGACGCGGAGGUCAGUGAUGAGAUGAAGGCGCUCAACAAGAAGUUUGGAAUGAUCCAUGGAAUCUCCACGCUGGUUAACCUUGGUACUUUGUUUGCGAUCGGCGCAUACGGAGUUACUCUUUCUGCGGCUAUGGCCAAGGGCUUUGUUGUCGCUACUAUUGCCGAAUAAGCAUCAAGAGUUGGUUCGAGUUGCUAAUCCAUAUUCAAUCUAUACGAUAAUACAAUGUUAAUCGCAUGAGAAUCUCUGUGCUUGCGAGUGCGUAGAUCGUGAGUUGACAUCUAGCUCAUUGAACACUCAAUUGUAGUGUAGUAUUGUAGUUUAGGAGGCAAUUCAGACUCUGUUAUCUAAUAUGUCAAUUAAAACACAUGUCCUUGCAAUAGACAGAUUCAACGGACUCAGCAAAUUGCUAUUGAUCCAUUAUCGCUGGUCCCGAAGACGGACAGCUAAUUGCUUUGUCAUGCCUCGGUCCCUGAUUA